AGUAUGCUCACUGUUAUGGCUUACUUUCUAAACAUUGGUCUGUUGCUCUGCAGAGGGACUGAUAUGGCUAGUCCUCACGGAAUACCUGUUGACUUGUUGGACCGGUUGGUGAUUAUCCGAACUCAGACGUAUGGUCCUGAAGAGAUGAUAAAGAUUUUAUCAACCCGUGCACAGGUGGAGGAACUAGUUAUAGAGGAGGAGAGUUUGGCUUACCUGGGAGAGAUAGGCCAAAAAUCAUCUUUAAGGCAUGCUGUUCAGCUCUUGUCACCUGCGAGCAUUGUGGCAAAAAUGAAUGGCAGAGACAACAUCUGCAAGGCGGAUCUAGAAGAAGUGGAUACACUAUAUCUGGAUGCGAAGUCUUCAGCAAAGGUUCUCCAAGAGCAGCAGGAAAAAUACAUUUCGUAAUCAGUACUAAACUACUAACUGAGCAAUGUGUCCGGGUCCCUUCAUUGAUUUUGGAGUAGUUUUAGUCGUUGGUAUUCCCAUUUCCAUCCAAACCUAAUGUAAAUGGUUUCACUUCUUAUUGACAAUUAUGGAAUGGAUUAAUCGAACUACUAAGUGAUAAGAGUGGGUGGGCUAAUGUAUGUGAAUUUUUAAUCUAGAUGAUAAAUUUUUCACAAAUUUUAACAUGUGAUAAUGCUCUA